UACCAUCGCGAGCAACAACGUUCCUUGUUCAUCGGACACAUAUUCUGCAUGUUGUGGAAAGUCCGACGUCUGUCUAUCGAAUAACCUCUGCAUGGACACGGGGGAACAACCAAAGUAUCAACAAAGACGGCGGUUGCUCGAUAAUAAAUCUUCUGUAUGAGAAUGGCGUCUCGACAUAUUGCUGCGGUACUCCGAUAAGCAACGGCAGUGAGGUGAUUUGUCCGUAUGGGAACUCGUUUGAGGUUGCUACGGGGAAGAUGCUGUAUGGGUAUGCGGCGCUUGCGAACUCUACAGCGGAUGCGUCGUCGGGGAAUAGUACGUGUACUUCGUCGAAUUCGUCGGCCUCGGUGGCAUCUUCUUCAGCCUCCUCGUCUUCCUCUUCCUCUUCUGCAGGGCGGGAUACAGCCAUUGGUGUUGGAGUUGGUGUCCCUCUGGGCGUCAUUGCGGGUGCUUCGCUUGUGUGGGCGUUUUGGGAGAGGAAGGAGAGGAAACGGAUGCAGAGAUCCGCCGAUGGUGAAGACACAGCGACCGCCGGUUGAGUUGGAGGUAAAUGGUGCGAGGCACGAGCUGAUAUCAUGAUGCUGUGAGUCGAUUGAUAGUUCGAUGCCCUGGUUUCAUGAAUGUACGAGAUAC